UGUGACAGAAAUGUAACUGAGGUUUGAUGUUUUACAGUUUAAACAAACUUAAUUAUAUAUAACUAAAAAAACAAAUAUAAACUUUUUUUGACUUAAAAUAUGAACAGAAGUUUUGAUCUUUUCCACAUUGUUGAUUCUGCAGAAGAAAAUUUUUCAUAUUGAUAUGAUAUAUGUGUCUGAUUGAUAUUAAUAACCAACCGAUGAACCAGUGGAGAGUUUUACCUUCUGACUCAGGAAAAGGAAGUGAUAUCACACCUUCGUCCACUUCCUCUUCCUGUCUGCUCAGUGUGUCACUUCACCUUCAGUGAACAAACACGCAGAUCAAUAAACAUAAUAAUAAAUUAUACAAAAUAGUGAAAUGGUGAUUCAUAAUUCAUAAAAUAAAUAUUGACUCAAUUAACUGACAUAUUUUCUUUCAAUGUUUUAAAACUCGUAUUAUUAAAACGUUUAUGAUGUUGUGAUCAGUGUGUGUGUGUGUGUGUGUGUGUGUGUGUGUGUGUCUGUCAGUAGAUGGCGCUGUCGGGUUCUUUACGGUGGAAACGAGGCCACCGCGCGCAUCCGCGUUUCAGGGCUCGUGCACGAGCGUGUUGAGAAAGAGCAUCUGCCUCCGCGGGCCCAUGCACGCGCACCCGGAGGAGGAUGCUGCUGCCGCCUCGGAUCAUACAACCGCGGCGGAGCUGAGGAGGAGGAAGAGGAGGAGGAGGAAGAAGAGGAACCGGACGCACCGACACCAGGAUCCACACCGGGCACCGAGCCACCGGCGACCGGGACGAACCUCGAGCCGCUAUGAGGAAGAGCAGCAGCCAGAACAGACGGGGCGCUCCGGACUCGGGUCAGCCGGCGCUCAAGCAGCCGGAGAAAGUCGGCUGGAUCAGGAAGUUCUGCGGCCGAGGGAUCUUCAGAGAACUGUGGAGGAACCGGUACGUGGUUCUGAGAGGAGAACACCUGUACAUCUCGGACAAGGAGGUGAGGGAUGAGCGUAAGGCGCAGGAGGUGUUCGACCUGGCCGACUACGAGCGCUCGGAGGAGCUUAGGAAGGCGAAGAGUCGCAGUAAGAAGAACCACAGUCGCUUCACGCUGCUGCGCUGCAGACGACCAGGAAACAGCGUUCCCAACCUCGUGUUUUUAGCCGUCAGUCCGGAGGAAAAGGAAUCAUGGGUCAACGCGCUCAACGUGGCGAUCAUCAAGGCCAAGAACAGAGUUUUAGACGAGGUGACCAUUGAGGAGGACAGUGCUCUGGCUCAUCCCACCAGAGACCGAGCAAAGAUCCCUCACAGCCGCCGGCUGCCGACCAGAGGUCACCUCCUGGCUGUGGCGUCUACCUCUUCCCAUGGCAUGUUGACCCUCGACCUGGUCGCCGAGGAGGACGGUUUCUCCCCGGACUACGGCGGCGACUCUCUAGAAUCCUGGCAGAACAGCUUCCGGGUCGAGCUGCAGGGGCGGGGCUCUUGUGAACAGGUGGCUGUCGGGGGUCGUCAGCGCGCCGGCACUGAUGUCUCCAAACUCAGGGUGACGUCCAAGGAGCCGAAGGUGAAGACUGGCAGUCUGCCCAGGGGCAGUGAGUGGUCCUGGGGUAAACAGUCCCACCUGGAGGCCUCCAAGGUCCAAAAGACCCAGCAGGUUCUCCAGGAUCAGUCUCGAACGCCGCAGCCUGGGAAGAGGCUCAGCGCGCAGGGUCGGAGUCGCUGUGCCUCCAUGGAUGAAGUCCUGUCCUCCAGACCGGCGAUGAUUCGGUCGGAAUUGCGAUCUGCUCUUCGUCGUUGUCCCACUGAAGAGGAGGCGGUGGGCGGGGCCUCGGGGCAGCCGGUCGGUCAGCUGCAGAGCCUCAUUGCCCAGAGGAUGCAGAGAGCUCAGGAACUGCUGGAGGAGAUGAGACUGCAGGAGUUGCAGAAAGCCAAAGCAGAGCGAGAGCGAGGAGGCAGCUCACCGUACCUGAAGGGCAUCGACUCCCCUCGACUCCAUCACCUCAGGGGCUCUGACUCUCCUCACUCCAGCAGGUCGUCAGGAUCCUCGAGAAGCAGGAGCAGCGACUCUCCUCGCCUCCGGGGAAAAGACUCGCCUCGUCUGAGAGGGAGAGAGUCUCCUCGAUCCAAAGCCAAGAAGAAUCGCUGCAAAGGGAGCGACUCUCCUCGCUCACGAGGAUCCAACUCCCCCGCUGCCAAAGCAAACGACUCCCCUCGACUGAAAGAUUCACCUCGUCUGACGGCUGCCGACUCACCGCGGUCAAAGAGCAUCGACACGGCCAAAGGCUUGUCCGGCUCCGCUGGUCCCAACAAGGACGACGCCCAGAAGUCACCGCCGAGCGCCAGAGGAUCCGACUCUCAGCUUAAAGGAUCCGAUUCACCGGGAGGCAGCGACACUGACUCUCCUGGUCUGGGGAGCAGCAAGGAGUCGCCCUGUCGGAGUCACAAGAACUCCCCGACUUCCUCUGGUUCCUUUGAGUCAUCUCAGCCCAAGACGCCUGACGAGCAGAGCUCGUCACCUCCUGCGCCGGCCUCACAUCCCCCCCUGCUGGCGGAGGAGGACGCGGCAGUAGAAAGGAGGCGCGCGGAGGCCGAGCGCCUCCUGGAGGAGGCAGUGUCGUCGUGGAAAGAGGCUCAGGAGGUGCUGCAGGAGGUGAAGGAGCUGCAGAGCCAGACGCUGAGGCGACAGCGUCGGAGGACCUACGAAAAGAUGGCGUUAACAGCGGCGGUGGCGGGGUUGCCCACGGCGACCUCAGCAGCAGAGGAGGACGACACUCCGACCUCGCAGACGUCACCGGAGGACGACGACGAGUCCGAGACACCUUGACGAGGAUUUUUUUUUCUUGCAAAUAUUCAUUGAAUUAUUGAAGAAAGCGAGAAUGUUUUUCAGCAUGUUGACGCACAAACGAGAGGAUUCCUCAAACUGUUUUUCAUCAUUUAAUGCGGAUUCACAUUAACACUUUAGCAAAUGUGGAUUAUUUUGAAACCAGCAAUCAUCAAUUCUUCCCUUGGAGGCCAAAGGACGUUAAUCCUCCGUCACCAGCCGGACGCCGUUGUCCUUCUGCUGCCACGUCCGUCCACACGAGACAGAACCAUCUCUUUGUUGAAGUUUUUUGCAAAGAGAUAUUUAAGAUUUUGAAGAAAAAAAAAGAGUUUGUCGUGUAAAGACAAAGAUUUUUUGCCAAACAAAGAUGUCGAAAUUUUUACAAUGAAUCUUUUUCAACGUUGCACUGAAGACCACAAUGUUUCCUUUGGGCACCGUGGGGGUUAUCCGUCCCCCGAUUUUUUUGCUAAAAUACUUAUUAUUAUGUUUAUUAUGCUCUUUUGUGUGACAUUUCUUUUUAAAUUCUGAAUCUAAUUUAGUUGUUGUAGCUUCAUAUGUUUUCUUCCUGAAACCGAACGUCCAGUUCUCUGUUGUUCACGUGAACAGUUUAUUUAAUCUUCAACAAAGAUCAGGGAUGAAACUUCGUAGAUCAUCAAGAGAAAAUGAGCAAUAAUGUUACGAAACAAAGACUUUACCUGUGAAUCAGUCACGAGCUUUAAACUCUCACUUUGUGCAAUAACUUAUCUUAUCUUAUCUCUUUGGUUCUAUAACUCAUCAAUGUUGCUUUGGUUACGGCUGGCGGAAACGCCGUUUAGUUUGUAAACCAUGACGCAGACGACGCCCACGUUCUCUUCUCUGAUUGGUUCUUAUCAGUCACGGCUCAAUGUCAGUAACACUUCCUGUCAGCAACACUUCCUGUCAGCAACACUUCCUGUAAGAAACACUUCCUGUAAGCAACACUUCCUGUCAGCAACACUUCCUGUAAGAAACACUUCCUGUCAGCAACAUUUCCUGUCAGCAACACUUCCUGUUAGUAACACUUCCUGUCAGUUACACUUCCACCUCGUUGUCGUCAUCGCUGCUGCUCCUUCAGAAGCGUUUAUGUUACUAAGCAACCAGCUGCAGAGGAUACAAUCUUCUUCCUGUUUACACCUGAGUGGUCAUGUGACACGUGUUACUGUGGACGGAGUUAAUUUCUGAAACUCUGCGUCACACUGUUCAUGACGACAUUUACAGAAACACUAAAUAAUCAAUUCAGUACAGUUAGAAAUAUUCAUCAUAUAUUUCUACAAAACGAAAUCAGUUUUAUCAAACCAAAAAAAUGUGACGGUUCAAGAAAAAAACUUUUACAGACUUGAAUAUUUGUCGUCAUCGAUAGAAACGAUUGUUUGAACCAUAAUGACUGGAUUUAAAACUUCAACGUUAGCCAUUCAUAAUAAUUUAUCUUCUGCUUGGUGUACAGCAGAUUUUCAUGAACAUGAGGAAUAAUAAUAUUACUAAUAAUAAUAAUAAUAAUAUGAAUAAUUCACGUUUCACUGCCUCACGACGUUUCACUGUGUCCAAAUAUGAAAACUAUUCAUUAACAGUUUGUUUUAUUUACUGAACUUAAUAAUUAUGUGUUGAUGUGUUUAACUUUCAUUUGAAUUACUGCAAUGCAUUGUGGGUGAAUGGCACAAAAAACAAUAAAUCCGACAGAUUUCUUUUCU